AAAAAAAAAACAGAGAGAGAGAGAGAGACAACCCAUAUCCCAAAUUUGCUUCUAAUCCUUCUUUUCUCUCUCUCUCUCUCUCUCUCUCUCUCUCUCUCUCUCUUGUUCAACAAUUCUCUGAUAUUUCUUUCUUCCUCUUGAUCUCUCUUUUUCCUUUUUUUUUUUUUUUGUCCUUCAAUCCACCAGAAAAAUCCUAACGUAUAAAUCGACCCUUUUGUCUUUGUUGACGAACUUUAUUUUCUUUGCUCUCCAUUUUUCUUUUACACCCGAAAGAACUUGGCUUUCUGAUUCACAAGAGCUAUUUUUAUCUUUUUCUUGAAAGAAAGAAAGAAUUGAGGAAAGAUGAUGAUGAUGACAAUGGAGGGGAUGAUGGAUAAAGGGGUAUUGGACGACGUUAUAAGAAGGCUUUUAGAAGGAAGAGGAGGGAAACAGGUUAAGCUCUCAGAGGGAGAGAUCCGUCAACUCUGCGUCAACGCUCGCCAAGUCUUCCUUUCUCAGCCUAAUCUCCUCCAACUCCACGCUCCUAUUCGCAUCUGUGGUGAUAUACAUGGGCAAUACCAAGAUCUGCUGAGGCUAUUUGAAUAUGGUGGCUACCCUCCUGCUGCAAACUACCUCUUCCUUGGGGACUAUGUGGAUAGGGGCAAGCAAAGUCUAGAGACAAUAUGUUUGCUCUUGGCCUACAAAAUAAGAUAUCCUGAUAAAAUCUUUCUCUUGAGGGGAAAUCACGAAGACGCAAAGAUCAACCGGAUUUACGGGUUCUAUGAUGAGUGUAAGAGGAGAUUCAAUGUCAGACUUUGGAAAAUUUUUACCAACUGCUUCAACUGCUUGCCCGUGGCGGCGCUCAUCGACGACAAGAUACUCUGUAUGCAUGGAGGGCUCUCCCCCGAGCUGCAACGUCUGGAUCAAAUAAAGGAACUUCCGAGACCUACUGAAAUCCCAGAUUCUGGUCUUCUCUGUGAUCUUCUUUGGUCUGAUCCUGACUCUUCAAUUGAGGGCUGGGCAGACAGUGAUCGAGGCGUUUCGUGUACCUUUGGACCUGACAAAGUUGCUGAGCUCUUGGAGAAGAAUGACCUUGAUCUCAUUUGCAGAGGGCACCAGGUGGUGGAAGAUGGGUAUGAGUUUUUUGCUAAAAGGAGAUUAGUCACAAUCUUUUCAGCUCCAAACUAUGGCGGGGAAUUUGACAAUGCUGGUGCUCUAUUGAGUGUUGAUGAAGGUCUAGUGUGUUCUUUCGAAAUAUUGAAACCAUUCGACAAUAAAGCAUCAUCUAGUGGUUCUAACUCAUCCAGAAUAAAACUCAAAAAGCCUCCUAAAGCUGGAAAGAUCUAAUGAUACAGAAAUUUCUUAUGUGGAGAGUUCUGAGGUAUUUCUUUCAGUUGAAUGGGAGAGACAGCUAGUGAUCUUGAGGAAAAAAAAAAAAAGUGACCCCCUGCUGUCGCACUCAGAGUCUAUUAACCGUCACGAUUGAUAUUGAAGCUUGGGAAUUGCGGAUUUAGUUGCACAGAAAUUCUUUAUGAAGUUUGUAAAUCAAAUAUGCAUUAGGUUACUUGCUGUGUUUGUACCUCAAGAGGUGCAAUUUGUGAGUAGAGUUUAGAAAUUGAAGGCGUGCAUUCAACCUUUUGGUUUUGUGUAAAAUUAAACCUUCACCCCAUGGUAUUCUGUCAUUUUUCAACGAGUAAUUUCACUGAUUUUGUUGACAGAUCACUUGUAAAA